GGCUUACUGCAGGAGCUGGCUCAAAACAAACAACAAUCACGGCCCCCAAUAGCGUGGAUUAGGCGGUGCCGGAUAGCACCGAAAUAGCAGGUAGGGACAAAUUGAAGGAAUAUGAACCGAUUUCGAUUAUUUUUCGCAUUCUCUUUUUCCAUCAAGUCACCAAAUCACCUUCUCUCAGGUCUCAGAUCUUAGACCAUAAGUGUUCACUGUAAAUUAUAUGCGUCGUCACCUAUUUUCUCAAAACACUCUUUGUGUAUAUUCACCCAGAAAUCGAGAUCUACUAGGCAACAAUGAACGAGGAAAACAGUGCUACCGUGCCGGUACCCGCCCCCCAAAGUCGUGGGUGGCGCUUCUGGGUAAGUUUCGCACUCGAUUCUAUCUCAUACGGCAUCGAUAUUCUAACUAUCUCAAUUUCAUAGGCUAUAAUGACCUCGAUGGCCUUAUCCAGCGUCCUUGCUGGACUUGAUGCCACGGCUGUCUCAACAGCUUUGCCAUCUAUUAUUCACGAUCUUGGCACCAGCCAAGGAUUCGUAUGGAUCGCCAACUCAUAUUUGCUCACAACAACGGCUUUCACACCGAUAUUUGGGCAAACGGCCAACAUAUUUGGUCGCAAUGUGCUCACGCUUCUUGCCAUAAUCAUCUUUGCCAUUGGCUCCGCCAUUGCCGGCCCCGCUCCCACACUUGGCGCUCUCGUAGCUGGUCGAGCUAUUCAGGGUAUCGGAUGCGCUGGGCUUAACACGAUGGUAGAAAUGGUGGUAUGCGACCUAGUGCCUCUGAGAGAGCGAGGAAAAUUCAUGGGUUUCAUUUUUGGCAUUUACGCAAUUUCUACCAUUAUCGGCCCCAUCGUUGGCGGGGCCUUUGCGACUUUUGUGACCUGGAGAUGGGUCUUUUAUAUCAAUCUACCUUUAUCCGGUCUUACCUUGGCUAUGGCGAUUAGCUCGUUGAAGGCCUUACCCAAAGGUUUGAAAUCCGAGUCCAAAAGCUCGAUCAAGCGAAUUGAUUUUGCGGGGAAUGCACUGCUCGUCACGGCGAUCACCUCCAUCCUUCUCGCAUUGACUUGGGGUGGUGAGCAAUUCCCGUGGUCGUCAUGGCGAACAGUGUUACCCCUUGUCCUUGGCCUCGUAGGGCUUCCUCUGUUCCUGCUAUUCGAGACCAGAGUCCCGGAGCCAACUACACCUCUCAGGCUGUUUAGCAAUCGAACCUCUCUUGCCGGCUUCUGGUGCGCCUUCACGCACAAUAUGUUGAUAUUUUGGGUUCUUUUCGCUCUCCCCAUCUACUUCCAAGCUGUUCUCAGAGAUUCUGCUUUCCGAUCUGGUGUCGCCAUUCUGCCAACAGCUGCUGUGUUCGCACCGAUUACCAUCAUCAGCGGAGGCGUCAUGUCAAAAUUUGGGCGUUACCGCCCUCUGUUGAUGGUUGGCUUCGCUUUUAUACCGAUUUCAAUCGGGCUUCUAACGAGGUUGAAUGAAACGACAACAACUGGAUACUGGGUUGGCAUUCAAAUCAUCGGUGCUAUUGGUUAUGGAAUUAUCACCCCGGUGACUCUGCCAACUAUUUUAACCCCACUAGCGGAAUCAGACGUGGCCGUCGGAACGGCUACUUGGGCGUUCAUGCGUGGAUUUGGUACGAUAUGGGGAGCUGCCAUACCUCUCGCUAUCUUCAACUCCAAAGCCGAUCAAUUAGUUUCAGAUCGCCUGCGUGACUAUGAGACGGCGCGGGCAGCACUCGCUCACGGUGGUGCGUACACGUUGGCUGCUGGGGGGUCUCUCUAUUCAACAUUGGAUCUCGAUGGUAACCCUGCCCUGGAAGCCAUUGUAAAGCGGAUCUAUGUCGACAGCCUCAAACUUUCCUGGCAAGUGGCCCUUGGAUUCUCUUUGUUCGGCUUCCUCUUGACGUUCCUGGUCAAGGAGCUGCACAUGCGCGGUGAGCUAGAAACAGAGUUCGGGUUAGCGGAAAAGCCUACGAAGAAAGACAAUGAAGCAACUGGGGAGCAUUCGCCGUCCGAGUCUGCUUGAUGUGGUAACUAGAUAUGGGAUAUACAAGCAGCCCAUUCGUCAUGAGCUUUGGUAGCAAUCUCAUUCCAGAAUUAAGGAAGUACUGGGGUUGCGCAAGCUGAUGAGCCUAUUUGGACACAUGACGCAUGGAAUACGCGGAAUCGGAGAGAAAGCUGAAGGAUGAUUUGACCUGCGAGGGACAAUGCUAAGACCUAAUAGAUUCGAUUUUUAACGGAAUUAUAGCGGCCUUCUACAGGGCUGGGAAUUAGUAGGUAUACUAGGUACAG